AAACUAAGCCAAACCAGGGUAGACCCAAUUGAAAUCUCAUGUACUGUUCAUGAUCCUCAGUAUUGAACGUGUGCCGGGGUAGCUGAUAGCGCGUCCCGCCACUUGCUGCACUCUCGUCCCGGCAGGUGUCGGCAGAUCCUGCUGCUGAGUGCUGCUGCGUCACGUUCCUCAUUGUGAGAUUUUCGCGUGGAUUGAAUGCUUGCUCAAGGAUACACAUGCACUUUCCCUCCAUUACAUCCAUAAAUCUGCUCGGUUUUAGCCAGCUCAACAAAGUGCAAGGAACCGCUUGGGACGAUCUCUGCUUAGCGUUGCCAAAUUUUUUGUUUCGUGGACGGCGUGAAUAUUUCGCAGAUUGACUUGGGGUAUUGUACCCAACUGUAGUCUAAAGUCCGGGGUGUCCUCGUAGGUUAGGUUUUGAGCAUGGCGACGGAGAGAGAGCAGAUGAGUAAGAUGAAUGAGGACGCGAGUCUUCUGCAGAAGCCGAUCACAUAUGGCAACAUCUUUGGCGCUGUAGGGAAGUUGGGUUCCGAUUCUGUGUUGCCCGAAGAUGCAGCGCUCAUGCAGAGUGCGGAGGCGAGGACGUUCGGGCAGACGCAGAAGGACGGAGCUGCUUCGGUUAUGCAAGCUGCUGCAGAGCUGAAUGUGAAAGCGGGGUUUGUGGAGAAAGACGCUCACUCGCAGGUGGCCGAGAAGGGCGUCAUGGCGCAGGAGAUCCUUGUCCCUGGUGCAGAGAUUGAUGUGGAGUACAUUGCGGGCCAACCAGUGAUUGCGAAUGUCAAACCAACGCCUGUUGAUCCUUUCCUUGUAGCCCAAGAUGCUGUCACAAUAGGAGAUGCUUUGGAGGCAGCAGCAGUGGGAUCAGGACAGAGGCCCGUAGAGGAUAGUGACGCCCGCGCCAUCCAAAGCGCCGUGGCGAGGGCAACCGGAGCACCUCCAACUGCCGGUAGUUUAGCCGCAGCUGCAAUGUCGGCGGCUGAACUAAACCCCAGGGUUCCGAACGCUGACAAAACUACCUUAGCAGAUAUUCUCAUGGACGCUACUAUCGAUCUAGAAGCAGACAAAACUGUGACCCAAGAGGAUGCUGCUAAGGUGCUGGAUGCGGAGAUGCGCGGUUCACCGACAGGGGAGCCUCUCCCAGGUGGUGUGGCAGCAGCUAUGCAAGCCGCAGCUGAUAUCAACGAGCGCGCGGGCCUCAUCGAGCCAGCGUCUGGGGAUCAUCCGAGGGCGUUCCCAUUCGAAGACACGCCAGUCCUACCACAAGAGCAAGAUGCUUUCACUCCAGAAAUCGAAAACACGCCAAAGCCGGCAUCGGGAGAAGAGAAGGCUCCAAGUUCUCCCACACUUGCGUCGAGAGAGAAGGUACAUGCCAAGGAGGACUGAGUCAAGCCUACCAGAGUGCUGAUCCCACCAGUCUAUCAAUCCCGUCUUGUUAAAGCUGGUGGGCAGUGUUCAGGACUCGAGUAUCUUAAAUUUUCUGUAAAUGUUUUUAAUCUUUACUGGGCAGGAUAUAGCAUCAGAGCUGAGUUUGUACAGAUACCCCUCUGCAGUAGUUCAUCAUGCAACAUAGUGACGUGAUCGGCAUGCGUAAAUACUCUGAAAGAGCUUGUAUGUUGCUCUUCGGCUUGUUUUGUAUCUGCAAGCCUUAUAUGGUUCUAAGUGCAGUUACGAGAGCAUCAAAUCAUACACUCCCGAACAAUUGCUGGCUCACUCUCUCGACAGAGUACAGCUAUAAUGUUUAUACACAAGUUAUAUCAGUGCAAUAUCAAUAUAUAUAUAUAUAGAGAGAGAGAGAGAGAGAGAGAGAGAGAGAUAUAUAUUUGCAUAGCAUAUACGUUUCUGUCUGCUUUUCCCAAUAGUUACAGUUGCGUUUCUCACUUUCCUAAACGAAUGCACUGUAAUCCACUUUCGGGCUGUAAGUCUCCGCGUUCCUCGAGGCAAGGCGACAAAGUUGUAGUAUUAAACGGCAGCAUUGAAGCUUGUGGACAGGUGUUUCCUUUAUCCUGAAUUCUUGUUUGACAUGGUCCUACAAUUAAAUUUCGCAAACAACUGA